GGAGAUGACAGAAGAGAGGAAAUUCCCCUGGAACCUGUUUCUCUGCUUCCUGGCCCAGCUGAGGUGCCCAGUGGAAGGAGAGGCCGGGCCAAAGACCCGGGCCCACCAUGGCCUCAGCCCUGCGCCCACCCCGAGUCCCCAAGCCCAAGUGUGCCCUGCCCUCACAUUACUAUGAGAGCUUUCUGGAGAAGAAGGGACCCUGCGACCAGGAUUAUAAGAAGUUCUGGGCCGGCCUCCAGGGCCUCACUCUCUAUUUCUACAAUAGCAAUCGGGACUUCCAGUACAUGGAGAAGCUAGACCUUGGAACAUUUGUGAAACUCACAGAUGAAGCUCCGUGGGGGACCUCCCAUGACCCUGGCACCCAUUUCAACCUAGUCCUCCGGAAGCAGGAGAUCAAGUUCAAGGUAGAGAGCCUGGAGUCUCGGGAGAUGUGGAAAGGCUUCAUCCUGACGGUGGUGGAGCUCCGUGUUCCAUCCAACUUGACCCUGCUACCUGGACACCUGUACAUGAUGGCUGAGGUCCUGGCCAAAGAGGAGGUGCGCCGCUCUCUGGAGAUUCCCUCGUGCUUCCUGAAGGUGAGCCGGCUGGAGGCGCAACUGCUCCUGGAGCGCUACCCAGAAUGUGGGAACUUGCUGCUGCGGCCCAGCGGGGAUGGCACGGUCGCUCUGGCAGUCACUACGCGCCAGACGCUCAACGGGGCUCCGGUGGUUCGGCACUACAAGGUGAAGCGCGAGGGUACUAAGUACGUGAUCGACGUGGAGGAACCGGUCUCCUGCGCCUCACUCGAUGCAGUGGUCAACUAUUUCGUGUUGCACACCAAGAAGGCGCUGGUGCCCUUCCUACUGGACGAGGACUACGAGAAGGUGCUAGGCUACGUGGAGGCGGAUAAGGAGAACGGCGAGAGUUUGUGGGUGGCGCCCUCGGUCCCAGCUGUCCCCGGCCCAGGUCCCGCAUCCCCCACCAGUGACCCCAAGCAGCCGUCUCCCACAUCCAUCACGCCUGGGUCCAGCCAGGACAAGCUGCCCCCGCUAUCGAACCCGGAUGAAAACUACGUGAUUCCCAUUGAAGACGCCACAGCUGCUGACUACGUGAAUGGGGACGUGCUCUCCACCGGUCGGCUGAUGGUCCUGAAGCCAAAGAAGUGUCCCCCAGCCCCAAAGGUUCAGGCAAAGCCUCCAAAGCCACCCACUGUGCCCAAGCCAGAACCCAAAGGCCUUCCUGGUUGCCUGGCCAGAAAGCUGGCUGUCAGCUCAGCGCAGGCUUUCUUCCCCACAACAGCAUUGGCCAAUGUGACAACAGAGCUGGAAGAGAAACUACAGAGACGGCGGGCACUGGAGCAUACAGCUGGGCUUGCUGGGGACCAGCGGGCCAAUCUCAGAGCAUGGCACAUCAGUCAAGCAAACCCCUCCUCCCAGAAUUAAAGCUCAAGUGACAACAGGGCCUAUGUGUUUGACUUGG